CAGAAGCGCAGGUCAGUGGAAACAGUGGAGGCACUAAGAUUAAAGAAAGAAUUUCCAACUUUACCAAAAUACUGCUUUCAGAGCUGCGAAGAGGAAUCACAUAAUUGAAAAAGGACUUUUUUUUUCUUUUUUUAUACUUUUGGACACAUUUUUAUUUCAAGAUUGCAAGAUGAUGCUGAGCGGCAUCGUUUUUCUGUUCUUGCUUUGGAGUUGCCAAGGUGCUAGAUUGGCAGAGAGUCGCGAUGAUAACAGUGUGUAUGAUCUAUUUGAACUGGCAAAAGUUAGCAAAAGACAUAAUGGAGUGAGUCUGGUCAAAGGCAUAGAUCCAUACAGCCCCGCAUACAAGGUCCUGAAUGCAGACAUGAUCCCCCCUGUUCCCGACGCCUCCUUCAGGGACCUACUGGACUCCAUCCAGGCAGAGCGGGGUUUUCUCCUCCUGCUCAACCUGAAGCAGUUCAAGAAAACCAGAGGAGGUCUGCUGACCGUGGAGAAAACUGACGGAUCUGGACCCAUCUUCGAAAUCAUAUCUAAUGGGAAGGCGAACACGCUUGACCUGGUCUAUUCUACCGAGAGGCAGCAACAUUUGGUUUCCAUUGAGGAUGCAGGCUUGGCCAAUGGGCACUGGAAGAACCUCACACUGUUUGUCCAGGAGGACAGGGCACAGCUUUUUGUGGGAUGUGAAGAGAUCAAUGUGUCAGAGUUGGAUGUGCCAAUCCAGACUUUACUGUCCAGGGAGGUGGCAGAUAGAGCCAGGCUCAGGAUUGGGAAAGGAGCUGUGAAGGACAAGUUUAUGGGGGUGCUUCAGAAUGUCCAUUUCGUCUUCGGAACCACUCUAGAUGCCAUAUUAACCAAUAAGGGAUGUAAAAGUGGAGCUGCCUUAACACAAAUGAUGACCCUGGAUAAUCCAGUCAAUGGUUCCAGCCCUGCCAUUAGGACAGAUUAUACUGGCCACAAAUCCAAAGAUCUGCAGACUGUCUGUGGUUUCUCAUGUGACGACAUCGCCAGCAUGUUUAAGGAGCUCAGGGGACUCAAUGUGAUCGUCAAGCAGCUGUCGAAUGAACUCCAAAAAGUGUCUACAGAUAGCGAAUUACUGAAAAAUCAGAUAAACAUUCAUAGAGGGAUCUGCAUCCAUAACGGCAUUGUGCACCAAGACAAAGAUGAAUGGACAGUGGAUGGCUGCACAGAGUGCACCUGUCAGAACUCUGCAACCGUGUGUCGCAAAAUAUCCUGUCCCCUCAUCCCCUGUGCCAAUGCUACUGUGCCUGAUGGGGAAUGCUGCCCUCGCUGUGGGACACCCAGUGAUUAUGCAGAGGAUGGCUGGUCUGCCUGGUCUGACUGGACCCAUUGUUCUGUGACUUGUGGUCGUGGCAUCCAGCAGCGUGGACGUUCCUGUGACCGCAUCAACAGCAAGUGUGAGGGCACCUCUGUCCAGACCCGUGACUGCUACUUGCAAGAAUGCGACAAGCGAUUUAAACAGGACGGAGGCUGGAGCCACUGGUCACCCUGGUCUUCGUGCUCUGUGACCUGUGGUGAAGGGGUCAUGACACAGAUCCGCCUCUGCAACUCCCCAACGCCGCAGAUGGGUGGCAGAGACUGCCAGGGAGAGGGACGUCACACCAAAGUCUGCCAGAUGUCACCCUGCCCUAUUAAUGGAGGAUGGGGGCCUUGGUCACCAUGGGAUACCUGUUCUGCAACCUGUGGUGGAGGAAUCCAAACAAGAAAUCGUCUCUGCAAUGAUCCUGUUCCCAAAUAUGGGGGAAAGGAUUGUGUUGGUGAUGCUACCAUGGUUCAAGUUUGCAACAAACAGGAUUGUCCUAUUGAUGGUUGUCUUUCCAACCCUUGUUUCCCUGGAACAAAAUGCACAAGCUUCCGUGAUGGCUCAUUCAAGUGUGGCAAGUGCCCACUUGGUUAUACUGGUAAUGGGGUCACCUGCACGGACAUUGAUGAAUGUAAAGAGGUCCCGGAUGCUUGCCAUUAUCAUAAUGGAGUCCAUCGUUGUGAAAACACUGAGCCAGGUUACAAUUGCCUCCCCUGUCCUGCACGUUUCUCUGGUCCCCAACCCUUUGGAAGAGGAGUGGAACAGGCAAUUGCUAAAAAACAGGUUUGCACUCCCCGCAACCCUUGCAAGGACGGUAGCCACAACUGCCAUAAAAAUGCAAAUUGCAUAUAUUUGGGCGUGUACUCCGAGUCAAUGUUCCGCUGUGAAUGCAAGCCAGGAUAUGCUGGGAAUGGGCGGAUUUGCGGAGAGGACAGUGACCUGGAUGGAUGGCCUAACACUGAUCUGCCAUGUGUGGAGAACGCCACUUAUCACUGCAAAAAGGAUAACUGCCCCAACCUUCCCAACUCUGGGCAAGAAGACCAUGACAAAGAUGGCUUUGGGGAUGAAUGUGACCAUGAUGAUGACAACGAUGGAAUCCCCGAUGAUAGGGACAACUGUCCCAGAGUGUACAACCCUGCCCAGUAUGAUGCAGACAGGGAUGAGGUUGGUGAUCGCUGUGACAACUGUGUGUUUGAGGCUAAUACUGAUCAAACAGACACAGACAACAACGGAGAAGGUGAUGCAUGUGCCAUCGACAUUGAUGGUGACGGCAUUCUAAAUGAGAAUGACAACUGCCCAUAUGUGUACAACGUCGACCAGAGAGACACAGACAGGGAUGGCGUGGGAGAUCACUGUGAUAACUGUCCCCUCGAACACAACCCAGACCAGAUUGACUCUGAUGCAGAUCGUGUUGGAGACAAAUGCGAUAACAACCAGGACAUUGACGAGGAUGGUCACCAGAACAACUUGGAUAACUGCCCCUACAUCCCCAACGCCAACCAGGCAGACCAUGACAAAGAUGGCAAAGGAGAUGCUUGCGACCAUGAUGAUGACAACGACGGUAUUCCUGACGAUAAAGAUAACUGCAGACUGGCCUUUAAUCCUGAUCAACUGGAUUCCGAUGGUGAUGGUCGUGGAGAUAUCUGCAAGGAUGAUUUUGACCAAGAUAAUGUCCUUGAUAUCCAUGAUGUGUGCCCUGAGAACUUUGCCAUCAGUGAAACCGAUUUCCGAAGAUUCCAAAUGGUUCCCUUGGAUCCGAAAGGCACCUCUCAGAUUGACCCCAACUGGGUGGUCAGGCAUCAAGGCAAGGAGCUGGUGCAGACUGUCAACUGUGACCCCGGCAUUGCUGUCGGUUAUGAUGAGUUCAGUGCCGUGGAUUUCAGUGGAACAUUCUUCAUCAACACUGACAGAGAUGAUGACUAUGCCGGUUUUGUGUUCGGCUAUCAGUCCAGCUCCCGCUUCUACACAGUGAUGUGGAAACAGAUCACACAGACCUACUGGUCUCACACACCUACUAGAGCUCAAGGUUACUCUGGUUUGUCAAUUAAAGUUGUGAACUCCACCACGGGGCCAGGCGAACACCUCAGAAAUGCUCUGUGGCACACUGGAGACACCCCAGGACAAGUCCGUACUCUGUGGCACGACCCCAAGAAUAUUGGCUGGAAGGACUUUACCGCUUAUAGAUGGCACCUUACCCACAGACCCAAGACUGGGCUUAUUAGAGUGGUCAUGUAUGAAGGCAAGAGAAUCAUGGCUGAUUCUGGAAACAUUUAUGACAAAACAUACACUGGUGGGCGACUAGGCUUGUAUGUCUUCUCUCAGGAGAUGGUUUACUUCUCAGACCUCAAAUAUGAAUGUAGAGAUUCAUAAUUGCACCCCAGAGCCUUCUGGAAGAAUGAAUCAGCG